UAAUAAGAAGAAAUGACAUCUUAAAGUCCAAAACCACAUGAAAUCGUGUGUCAAAAGUUGUGCACUAUGAUUUGCAUAAUCUUUACUACACAGUAAGUGUGCGGUUUAGGACGCAGCCACAGAAAGAGCGCGAGCACCUGGGCGACGUCACUCCGCCCUACUUGCGAGCUUGCACUUCCUCCAGCGCUGCACAAGGCGAGAACAGGCGGAGGGGCGCGAGGACGAGGAAAGCCUCUCUUUCGGAAGAGAGAGGCUGUUUGUGAGCGGUCACCAUGGCCCCCUUCCUGAGGAUCGCCUUUAAUGCCUAUGAAUAUGCUGUCCUGUCUCCAGUGGCUGAAGCGCCGUUUUGUGCAGUGAAGCUAAAAGAAUCGCUAAGCACAGAUCGAGGGAAGACUCUGAUUCAGAGGAAGCCUACAAUGUUUCCAGCUUGGCGCUCCACUUUUGAUGCACAUAUUUAUGAAGGACGCGUCCUCCAGGUCCUGCUUAUGCGCACUGCUGAUGAGCCCUUAGCUGAAGUCACACUUGGUGUAUCUGUUCUUGCAGAGCGGUGCAAGAAAUCCAGUGGGCGCUCAGAGUUUUGGGUUGAUCUGCAACCUUCAGGAAGAGUAAUGAUGUCUGUUCAGUAUCUCCUGGAAGAUACAGACACAGAGUCUCGUCAGUCUGUAGUUUCAGAGGAAGAAGCUCCGACUUUAAAUCGGCGUCGUGGGGCCAUUAAACAGGCCAAAAUUCACUUCAUCAAAAACCAUGAGUUCAUCGCCACCUUCUUUAGACAACCCACUUUUUGCUCUGUGUGCAGAGACUUCGUCUGGGGAUUGAACAAGCAAGGAUACAAGUGUAGACAAUGCAAUGCAGCUAUUCAUAAGAAGUGUAUUGAUAAAAUCAUUGGCAGAUGCACUGGCACAGCAGCCAACAGUCGUGACACAAUGUUUCAGAAGGAGCGCUUUAAAAUUGACAUGCCACACCGCUUUAAGUCCUACAAUUACAUGAGCCCCACCUUUUGUGACCACUGUGGGAGUCUGCUGUGGGGUCUCGUCAAGCAGGGACUAAAGUGUGAGGAUUGUGCUAUGAAUGUACAUCAUAAGUGCCAAACUAAAGUGGCUAACCUUUGUGGAAUCAACCAGAAACUAUUGGCUGAGGCUCUCACACAAGUGGGCCAGAAGUCCACAAAGAAGCCUGAUUCAAACACACAGGACAGUGGAGUUUACCAGGACUUCAACAAAAGCCCAGGACCUGAUGUUACUGAUGGUCCCCUCUAUGGUCGUAUAUGGGAAGGGUCAAGUCCUCACCCUUCUUCUCGGAUCACACACCAAGCAUGCAUCACAGCUGAGCACUUCACUUUUCAUAAAGUCCUGGGCAAGGGAAGCUUUGGCAAGGUGUUUCUGGCUGAGUUAAAGACUGGUGGAGAAUGGUUUGCUAUAAAAGCCCUAAAGAAAGAUGUGGUGUUGAUGGAUGAUGAUGUAGAAUGCACAAUGGUGGAAAAGCGGGUGCUGUCUCUGGCCUGGGAUAAUCCAUUCCUUACACACCUCUACUCAACUUUUCAGACUAAGGAGCACUUGUUCUUUGUGAUGGAGUAUCUGAACGGAGGAGACCUGAUGUUUCAUAUACAGGAAAAGGGACGUUUUGACCUCUACAGAGCCACAUUCUAUGCAGCUGAAAUCGUGUGUGGUCUACAGUUCCUGCAUGUAAAAGGCAUCAUCUACAGGGAUCUAAAGUUGGAUAAUGUAAUGCUAGAUGGAGAGGGACAUAUAAAGAUUGCUGAUUUUGGUAUGUGUAAGGAGAACGUCUUUGGAGACAAUUUUGCCUCAACAUUCUGUGGAACCCCAGACUACAUUGCCCCAGAGAUCUUAUUAGGUCAGCAGUAUACGUUCUCUGUGGACUGGUGGUCAUUUGGUGUGCUGGUGUACGAGAUGCUGAUUGGUCAGUCCCCUUUCCAUGGCAGUGAUGAAGAUGAGCUAUUUGAGUCAAUCCGCAUGGACACGCCUCAUUACCCCCGCUGGAUCACAGUGGAAACCAGAGACAUGCUAGAGCGGCUGUUUGAGCGGGACCCUUCUCAUCGUUUGGGUAUUGUGGGUAAUAUCCGCGGUCAUCCAUUCUUUAAGACUGUUAACUGGCCUGCUUUAGAGAAGAGAGAAAUCGAACCCCCUUUCCGGCCACAAGUGAAAUCUCCCAAUGACUGCAGUAACUUUGACCGAGAGUUUUUAAGUGAGAAGCCCCGCCUCUCUCACUGUGAGAAAGGUUUGAUUGACUCAAUGGACCAGACCGCUUUUGCUGGUUUCUCUUUCAUUAAUUCUAAAAUGGAGCUCCUCCUGCAGAAGUGAUGGAACACACCUCCACUACUUAGCAUGGGAGGAAAAGGUCCAAUAUUAUUAUAUUUAAGACCAGUAUUUUUGUGUGUCACAGACAGGUCCACUAGCUCUCCUUUCUCAGAAUAAAGUUUUUCAUUCAUGGGUAUUUAGACUGCAACAUCUUAGAUAAAUAAAUUUUAAACACUGAAUCAUAACAUCACAUUCCGUCAGGUGGUGUAGGGGUGAUAACCAGACCUCCAAUUUAGGUACUCCAUUUUUUGGGACUCUGUAGACCUAGUUUUAUUCAAAUAGUUCUAGUAACCCAUUUAUUCUUUCAUUAAUCAUGUAUGGAUAAACAAUGAUAAUGUUUUUACAGAGAUAAGGUCAGAUAUCGGAAAUGAAUAAUAAAAAAAAAGUUGUAGGAAAGAGGAAAGGACACAAGAGAGAGCCCUUAGAUUAUAUUAUAUGUGGAAAGUGUGCUUCUGAGGUUGUCUUGCAGUGUUGUAUGACAUUGUGCUGUGAAUUUGUAAGGCUGUAACUUGACAUCUUUGUGCAUAUGGUGCAUUUCAUGUCGUGCAAACAAACUCGGUCCUUGUGUCUCUCUGUAUUGUUAGGAAUUAAAGUAAUAAAACCA